AUGACCGCAUUCUGGUCCGAGAUCUUGGGACCGUCUGAGCACGUGCUGCGGUCACUGCACGAGUCAGGGCACACUUGCGUUGGCAUCUGUUUACCGGGCGGGUUCUCUCAGCUGCUCCCCGGGAUCUCAGCCAACAUAUUCCGGACACUGCCACCGAGUGACAAUCCAGAGUUUGAUCCAGAGGAGGAUGAACCAAAUCUUGAGGCGUCCUGGCCCCACUUACAGCUGGUUUAUGAAUUUUUCCUGCGGUUUCUGGAGAGCCCAGAUUUCCAACCGGCAAUCGCCAAGCGAUACAUCGACCAGAGAUUCGUGCUCCAGCUCCUGGAACUGUUUGACAGCGAGGAUCCCCGCGAGCGGGAUUUCCUAAAGACGGUUCUCCAUCGGGUCUACGGCAAGUUCCUGGGGCUGCGAGCGUUCAUUCGCAAACAGAUCACAAAUAUAUUUUUAUGCCUAUUGCUAACGACAGAGGGUGCUGUUGACAGGAACUGGCUGCAGUGCUUGCCCUCAGUUCUUCGAGGGCUGCUUAAAUUCUGGCCUAAAACCUGCACCCAGAAAGAGGUGAUGUUUCUGGGGGAACUGGAGGAGAUAUUGGACGUCAUUGAGCCCUCGCAGUUUGUGAAAGUUCAGGAAGCACUGUUCAAGCAGAUAGCGAAAUGUAUCUCCAGCCCUCACUUCCAGGUUGCUGAGAGAGCUCUGUAUUUCUGGAACAAUGAGUAUAUCCUGAGCCUGAUUGAGGAGAACUGUCAGGGGAUCUUACCGAUCAUGUUCGGGACCCUCUACCGAGUCUCCAAAGAGCAUUGGAAUCAGACGAUUGUCUCCGUGGAUGAGCUUCGUCCAACCUCUUCCGACUCAAGAAAAAUUGACUUCACCUCUUACUGA